UGAUAGUCAGCAGCAGUGGGUCACAGUGAAAUCUUUUUUCUUCAUAGAGAAGUGCCAUAGCUGCCGCGGUGCGACGUAAAAGUAGCCCCAAAACCRGCAACCCAUGACCAAUACAUUUUCACGUGACAUUCUUUUCAAAGUAGCCCAAUUUGCAGGAACACUGCYUACAUGGCAACCCUGCUUUAUGGACACUGUAGCCUCAAUUUKGUCUAGAAUUUAAGGGUCCUCCACGUAUUAAAUUCAUCAGCAAUGCCGGUUCCUGUUAUGCCUGUAGACAUCGCUAUGCGGAUGUACAUCACACACUCGCCACCUCUCCGGAGCUUCCUCAGUUCCCAUGAGGACUUGAGGGCCAGGAACCGGGUAAACCACUACAAGCCCCUACGGCCCUGCAUCAGCUCCCAGAGGCCCCUGGAGGCCCCCAGUCUGGUCUGGAAGAGCCCCAAGACAACCAUGAAGACCUCAAAGGGCAAGAAGAGAGUGGUCUUUGCCGACUCCAAAGGCAUGUCCCUCACAGCCAUCCACGUCUUUUCAAAGUUUGAUGAGGAMCCCGCGCUGUCCAACUUUCAAUUUGACCUCAUAGACCUAGAGAAUGCCACCAUGGAGCUGAAGAUCAGCACCAAGCGAAGCCUGGCGCUGGACUUUCCCCAACCCGCUGCAGACUAUCUGGCCUUCCGGAACCAGCUGUUGAAGAACUCUGUGUGCCUGGAAAACUGCACACUGCAGGAUAAGUCACUCACGGGCACCGUGAAAGUCCGAAACCUUGGCUUUGAGAAAUCUGUCCAUGUCCGGGUAACUGUUGACUCAUGGAAAACCUACACAGACAUUGACUGCACCUUUAUGAACAACGUCUACAGUUGCCAGGACACAGACACAUUCGCCUUUGUCUUCAAACUGCCCCGUUACGUACCUCCUUAUAAUAGAGUCGAAUUCUGCAUAUGCUUCAAAAGCAAAGACCAGGUUUUCUGGGACAAUAAUGAUGGGAAAAACUACAUUCUCAAACCAAUUGGGUGGAAUGGAGAGGAUGUGAAAACACUGCCCAAAACCCCUGCUGAGCGUAAGAAACCAGAAGAGCACAAGAACUCCAGUAAACUACUGGAGAUGGGGUUUGACCAGUUUGGAAGUCCCCGCUCAUCAAGUGGACUCUUUCUUGGGUUGCAAAGCUGGGGCCGAAUUGAGAAUGGUGCCAACUACUGGUGAAAUUAGGGAAGACUUUCAGCUACAGUGAAUAGUUAUAACAGGGAUAGACUUGGAGCAGAGGGAUAGCUGUACUAGUGACAUAACUUAUCUUAAAAUGUCAAAAGCUGCUUUGAAUGCAAUGAAGCACAUCAAGAAAUAAAAAGUGUAUGGAAAUAUGGACCAUGGCUAGUUUCUACWGCUAUUUGGUUACCAUAGAGAUACUUUCUUAAUAUGAUCAAAGAGACGGAGGCAAUUGAUUUUUAUGUUAUUUUACAUGUGAUUCUUGUGUAAAGUAAGUUAGUGCCUUCUCAAUAUCCUGCCUGUUAUAAAACAAAUACCCAUUGAAAUUUAAGUUUGACAACCUGUAACCUGGUAUAAGAAUUUACGUAAGCAAAUGCACUGAUUGAGAUGAACUUCCUGAUUUCCAUACAUACAGUAUGUGGUGGGAUUGGACCAAUGGGAUGUCCUUCAUAUUGAAGGGUAAGAGUGGUAUCAUCCAUCUGUGAAKAAAUAAAAUACAAAUGUAUAUGAAUUUCUCAGUAAAUAAGGCAAAUGAUAAAAUGCACCUUCAACAUCCUUUGUACCUUCAAAAUAUAUGUUUUUAUUCAA